AUGGCGUGGUCAGGCCCGACCGUCCUCUCCUUGACUCACCUCCAGCCCGGGAGGGCUGGGCUCAACCGCGGCGGACAGGGCGCCGCCCGCACCAUCCCGGCUGCGCCACCGCCCCGGACUGUGCCGGCGCAGGAGGCCGCCCUCCUCGGCGCCCCCGGGUGGAGCAGGUCGAGCCCGGUGCGCUAUCCCUUUAAGCCCGGGCGAGAUGGGAGCUGUCAGCGACAGCCGAGGCUAGCGCGGGACGUAGCCGCCCGCCUGGCCGCAGCGAGGAGUGAGGAGCAAGCGGAGAGCCGAGGGGGCGGCGGGGCCAGCCCGGUAGUUCCGCAGGGCCACUCCUCAGGCCCCGCUCCGGGGGCUCCGGCAGGUCGGGGCCGGGGCCUUUGUGAGCGCCCCAGGAGGGCGAGAGUCGGGAGUGCGGAGCCGGGUGUGCGGCGGCGGGUGUGUGUGCGCGCCCGGGUGUGCGCGUGUGUGUGCGAGUGUGAGCGCCCAGGAGGGUGGGAGCGCGCGUUAGGGAUUCUGCUGGCAUCGCAGAGUGGAGAGCAGGAGGCAGGAGCGGGGCGCGCAGGGGAGCGCGGGGCCCUCCUGUGCACACGCACACACACAGAGCGCGCUCACACACACAUACACAGACACGCGCACACGCCCUCCCUGCCUCGCUCGUUGCCGCGGCCACCAUCUCAGAGCCGAGCCCUGCGGAGCGGGAACCCAAGCCGGAGAGGGAACAGGAGGGGAACAGAGCCGAGGAAUGCGGCCCCGGAGAGGAGCUGCGCGCGAAGUGCGCGCCCGGGACGCCUCCUGCUCCCACAGGCCCUGAGGCUCCUGUGCCCACAGGCAAAGAGAGAGACCGAGUCAAACCAGGCUGAUCCCCCAGCAGCUGCACUCCCCAAACGCCUGCCCAACCUGAGGUGUCCCUCUGAAGAGCCCCUGAGCCCGCUCACGCUAACCCCCGCCCCCCCAACCCCGCCAGAGGAGAGGGAUGUCGCUAGCCCUGUUGCCAUACGAAAAACAGAGGCCCGUGUGGGGAAGGGGAAUUUUGAGGGUUCAAAAAGAUGA